AUGGCAUACCAGGGCCCCGGCGGAUACGGCGACCCUCACGCACAGCACUACGAUGCCCCGCCUCACCACACCGGGUCCGACGACGACGAGGUUGAGCGCUCGCUGCUCCACUCUAAUCCCACGGGCGUCAACCCGGGCCCCUUCGACGAUCCGGACGCGCGUUACCUCCAUGGCGACCCCGAAGUGCGCCCCAAUUCCACCUACAGCCUGACCGAGACAUAUGCCGACAGCAGCAACCCCUCGACGCGAGGCACCCCUUACCAGACCGGCUACCACGAGGGCCCUGAGGUCUACGCCGGCAGCCACAUGGAGGACCCCUCGCAAUCCUACGGCGUUCCUGGCCGCGCCCCCUCGCCGUACUCGAGGAGCGAGACCAGCUCCACCGAGGCAUGGCGACAGCGCCAGCAGCCCGGCGGCGGAAUGGCUGGCGGCCUCAAGCGUGCCCAGACUCGCAAGGUCAAGCUCGUGCAAGGCUCCGUCCUGAGCGCCGAUUACCCCGUGCCCAGCGCCAUCCAGAACGCGGUGCAGGCCAAAUACCGAAACGACCUGGAGAGCGGCAGCGAGGAGUUCACCCACAUGCGAUACACCGCUGCGACCUGCGAUCCCAAUGACUUCACACUCAAGAACGGCUACAAUCUUCGGCCCGCCAUGUACAACCGGCACACCGAGUUGCUCAUUGCCAUCACAUACUACAAUGAAGACAAGGUCUUGACUGCGCGGACGCUCCACGGUGUCAUGCAGAACAUUCGUGAUAUUGUCAACUUGAAGAAAUCCGAGUUCUGGAACAAGGGUGGUCCAGCGUGGCAGAAGAUUGUCGUGUGCUUGGUUUUCGACGGUAUUGACCCCUGCGACAAGGGCACCCUCGAUCUCCUCGCGACCGUCGGUAUCUACCAAGACGGUGUCAUGAAGAAGGAUAUUGACGGCAAGGAGACCGUUGCUCAUAUCUUCGAGUACACCACUCAGCUCUCCGUCACGGCCAACCAGCAGUUGAUCCGACCACACGACGAUAGUGCCAGCACUCUACCCCCCGUGCAGAUGAUGUUCUGCUUGAAGCAGAAGAAUAGCAAGAAGAUCAACUCCCAUCGAUGGCUGUUCACCGCCUUUGGUCGCAUUCUCAACCCCGAAGUCUGCAUUCUUCUCGACGCCGGUACGAAGCCUGGCCCCAAGUCGCUGCUCGCGCUCUGGGAAGGUUUCUACAACGACAAGGAUCUUGGAGGUGCUUGUGGUGAAAUUCACGCCAUGUUGGGUAAGGGCUGGAAGAACCUGCUGAAUCCCCUGGUCGCCGCCCAGAACUUCGAGUACAAGAUCAGUAACAUUCUCGACAAGCCGCUGGAAUCCUCCUUCGGCUACGUCAGUGUGUUGCCCGGUGCCUUCUCUGCUUACCGAUUCCGCGCCAUCAUGGGCAGGCCAUUGGAGCAGUAUUUCCACGGCGACCACACUCUCUCCAAGAUCCUUGGAAAGAAGGGUAUCGAGGGUAUGAACAUUUUCAAGAAGAACAUGUUCUUGGCCGAGGAUCGUAUCCUCUGUUUCGAGCUGGUCGCCAAGGCCGGCUCCAAGUGGCAUUUGACCUACGUCAAGGCCUCCAAGGGUGAAACCGAUGUGCCAGAAGGUGCUGCAGAGUUCAUCGGUCAGCGUCGUCGUUGGCUAAACGGUUCCUUCGCCGCCAGUAUCUACUCCUUGAUGCAUUUCGGUCGAAUGUACAAGAGUGGCCACAACAUCAUUCGCAUGUUCUUCUUCCACAUUCAGAUGAUUUAUAAUGUCUUCACUGUCUUCCUCUCCUGGUUUGCUCUCGCUUCUUUCUGGCUUACGACCUCUGUCAUCAUGGAUCUUGUCGGCAAUGCAGCUGAAGACCCUAGCAAAACGGGCUGGCCAUUCGGUCAAACUGGAACCAACAUCUUCAACACCGUCCUCAAGUACCUGUACCUUGCCUUCCUCCUCCUGCAGUUCAUUCUGGCUCUCGGAAACAGGCCCAAGGGUUCUCGCUGGAGUUACAUGACCUCAUUCAUCGUCUUUGGCUUCAUUCAACUCUACGUCAUCAUUUUAUCCAUGUACCUUGUGGUUCAGGCCUUCACUAGUCCCAAGUCGCAAAAACUGGACACGGACAGCACCAAGGACUUUGUCAAAUCAUUCUUCUCCUCAGAUGGUGUUGGUAUCAUCAUCAUUGCCUUGGCUGCCACCUUUGGCCUGUACUUCGUUGCCUCGUUCCUGUACUUGGACCCAUGGCACAUGUUCACCUCAUUCCCGCAAUAUCUCCUAGUCAUGAGCUCGUACAUCAACAUUCUCAAUGUCUACGCCUUCAGCAAUUGGCACGAUGUUUCUUGGGGUACCAAGGGUUCGGACAAGGCUGAAGCGCUUCCAUCAGCCAAGACAGAGAAGGCAUCCGACGGCAAAUCAACAGUCAUCGAGGAACCGGAUCUUCCACAAGCGGAUAUUGACUCUCAGUUCGAGGCUACCGUCAAGCGAGCUUUGGCUCCCUAUAUUGCGCCAGUGGAAAGCACCGAGAAGACUCUAGAGGAUUCGUACAAGUCUUUCCGAACCCAUUUGACCACUGCUUGGAUUUUCUCCAAUGCUCUCCUUGCGGUUGUGAUUACCAGCGAUAGCUUUGACAAGUUCGGAUUCUCGUCUGGCGCCAGCCAACGCACAGCCAACUUCUUCCGCGCCCUCCUGUGGGCCACCGCCGCCCUCGCCCUCGUCCGCUUCUUGGGCUGCUUGUGGUUCUUGGGCCGCAGCGGUAUCUUCUUCUGCUUCCGGAAGAGGUAG